AUGGGAAAAAACAGCAGCACCUUGGCCUAUCAAAUCGCGCCUCCUGCCGCUAGCACAAUGGCACCGGCAGCCAGCCCGGCGGGCGCGCAGCCGUCGUCGAUAUACGUCUUCGCGGCGCCGCAGCACUCGCACCUGGUGCCCUACAUGGCGGCGCUGCAGGGGACAUGCAUCACGGUGGACCACAUGACGGGCGCCUUCCUGCCGCCGCUCAACCACGAGAAGCUGCUGGCGUGGUGGAAGGAGCGCAUCGCCGACGCCGCCGCCGGCCGCGUCGCCAUCCUCUUCCUGCUCGACGAGUCGGAGCCGGGCACCAGGCCCAAGGGCGCCGAGCUCGUCGGGGUCGCCCUGCUGUCGCUCCCGGCCUCCGAGACCAGCCCGUUCCGCGGGCCGUGCAGCUGA